AUGGAGGGUUAUGAUGUACCUUGCCAAACUGUUACUGUGUACUACAGUGAUGAAAAUGCAAAUCAAUUGGUGAAGACCGUGCUACUAAGCAUUAUAGACCUGGCUGUAAUGCUGGGUAACAGCCUAGUGAUAGCCGCCGUUUUUACAGCCCGGAAACUAAGGACGGUAACAAACAUUUUCAUUGUGUCGCUAGCGUGUGCGGACUUAUUACUCGGGUUUGUGGUGUUGCCGUUCUCAAUCUCGGUGGAAGUCGACGAGUGGUUGUGGGGCCAGGUUUGGUGUAGCAUGUGGCUGGCCAUCGAUGUCUGGUUGUGCAGCCUCUGUGCAAUCAGCUUUGACCGCUUUAUCGCCGCGACUCAUCCAAUCAGGUACCCAUCCAUUAUGUCGCCGUCACGUGGUAGAUGGCUUGUCGCCUCUGUUUUGGUUUUGUCAUUUGUAGUAUGCUUGCCGCCUCUGCUCGGUUGGAAUGAUAGCACGCUUAACAGCCCUUCCUCGUCUCUUCUCAAUGAGUUGAAUAUGACUUGUGAACUAACAACAACUACUGGAUACAGAAUGUACGCCGCACUGGGCUCGUUCUUCAUACCUAUGCUUGUCAUGGUAUUUUUCUACCUAAAAAUAUAUUUAACGGCCGUACGAACUGCAGCUUUAAUUCGCAAAGGCGUGCUAAAGACACAUAUUAGCACUGAUAUUUCACAGCCGAAUGGGAAGUUUGAACGAGAGGCAAAAGCUGCAAAAACAUUAGCAAUAAUUGUAGGAGCUUUUAUAAUCUGCUGGUGUCCUUUCUUUACAAUAUACCUCAUGGGGGCGUUUUGUAACGAAUGCGCUUUCACAAGGUCCUUGGAUCGAGUGCGGGCUUUCACAAGGUACCGGGAUCGAGUGUGGGCUUUCACAAGGUACCGGGAUCGAGUGCAGGCUUUCACACGGUACCGGGAUCGAGUGCAGGCUUUCACACGGUACCGGGAUCGAGUGCGGGCUUUCACACGGUACCGGGAUCGAGUGCGGGCUUUCACAAGGUACCAGGAUCGAGAACAGGCUUUCACAAGUUAA